AAAGAAUUUCUCAGGCUCAAAAUCCAAUACAGGAGUGACUUGGAGCUCCAUUCUAUCACUAUGGAGAAAAGUGGUGUUCUUUUCCUCUUGGGCAUCAUCUUGCUGGUUCUGAUUGGAGUGCAAGGAACCCCAGUAAUGAGGAAUGGUCGCUGUUCCUGCAUCAGCACCAACCAAGGGACUAUCCACCCACAAUCCUUGAAAGACCUUAAACAAUUUGCCCCAAGCCCUUCCUGCGAGAAAAUUGAAAUCAUUGCUACACUGAAGAAUGGAGAUCAAACAUGUCUAAACCCAGAUUCAGCAGAUGUGAAGGAACUGAUUAAAAAGUGGGAGAAACAGGUCAGCCAAAAGAAAAAGCAAAAGAAUGGGAAAAAACAUCAAAAAAAGAAAGUUCGAAAAUCUCAACGUUCUCGUCAAAAGAAGACUACAUAAGAGACCACUUCACCAAUAAGUAUUCUGUGUUAAAAAUGUUCUAUUUUAAUUAUACCGCGAUCAUUCCAAAGGAGGAUGGCAUGUAAUACAAAGGCUUGUUAAUUUGACUAGAAAAUUUAAAACAUUACUCUGAAAUUGUAACUAAAGUUAGAAAGUUGAUUUUAAGAAUCCAAACGUUAAGAAUUGUUAGAGGCUAUGAUUGUCUUUGUUCUUCUACCACCCACCAGUUGAAUUUCAUCAUGCUUAAGGCCGUGAUUUUAGUAAUACCCGUGUCUACACAGAUGUUCACACAACCACAUCCCACUCACAACAGCUGCCUGGAAGAGCAGCCCUAGGCUUCCACGCACUGCAGCCUCCAUAGAGUAUCUGAGGCAUGUGUCAGCAAGUCCUAAGCCUGUUAGCAUGCUGGUGAGCCAAGCAGUUUGAAAUUGAGCUGGACCUCACCAAGCUGCUGUGGCCAUCAACCUCUGUAUUUGAAUCAGCCUACAGGCCUCACACACAAUGUGUCUGAGAGAUUCAUGCUGAUUUGUUGUUGGGUAUCACCACUGGAGAUCACCAGUGUGUGGCUUUCAGAGCCUCCUUUCUGGCUUUGGAAGUCAUGUGAUUCCAUCUUGCCCGCUCAGGCUGACCACUUUAUUUUUUUUUUUCCCCUUUGCUUCAUUCAAGUCAGCUCUUCUCCAUCCUAGCACAGUUCAGUGCCUUUCUCCUCUCCAGUGCACCUGUCAUAUGCUCUGAUUUAUCUGAUCAACUCCUUUCUCACCUUGUCCCCAACACCCCACAGAAAUGCUUUCUUCUCCCAAUUCAUCCUCACUAAAUCCAGCUUAGUUCAAGUCCUGCCUCUUAAAUAAACCUUUUUGGACACACAAAUUAUCUUAAAACUCCUAUUUCACUUGGUUCAGUACCACAUGGGUGAACGCCCAAUGGUUAACUAAUUCUUGGGUGUUUAUCCUAUCUCUCCAACCAGAUUGUCAGCUCCUUGAGGGCAAGAGCCACAGUAUAUUUCCCUGUUUCUUCCACAGUGUUUAAUAAUACUGUGGAACUAGGUUAUAAUAAUUUUUAAUUGAUGUUGUUAUGGACAGGAUGGCAAUCAGACCAUUGACUCAGAGCAGGUGCUGGUUCUUUCCUGGCUACUCCAUGUUGGCUAGCCUCUGGUAACCUCUUACUUAUUAUCUUCAGGACACUCACUACAGGGACCAGGGAUGAUGCAACAUCCUUGUCUUUUUAUGACAGGAUGUUUGCUCAGCUUCUCCAACAAUAAGAAGCACGUGGUAAAACACUUGCGGAUAUUCUGGACUGUUUUUAAAAAAUACACAGUUUACCGAAAAUCAUAUAAUCUUACAAUGAAAAGGACUUUAUAGAUCAGCCAGUGACCAACCUUUUCCCAACCAUACAAAAAUUCCUUUUCCCGAAGGAAAAGGGCUUUCUCAAUAAGCCUCAGCUUUCUAAGAUCUAACAAGAUAGCCACGAAGAUCCUUAUCAAAACUUAUUUUAGGGAAAUAUGAGUUUUAUUGUCCAUUUACUUGUUUCAGAGUUUGUAUUGUGAUUAUCAAUUACCACACCAUCUUCCAUGAAGAAAGGGAAUGGUGAAGUACUAAGUGCUAGAGGAAGCAGCCAAGUCGGUUAGUGGAGGCAUGAUUGGUGCCCAGUUAGCCUCUGCAGGUCGUGGAAACCUCCUUCCAGAGGAGGUUCAAUGAAUUGUGUAGGAGAGGUUGUCUGUGGCCAGAAUUUAAACCUAUACUCACUUUCCCAAAUUGUAUCACCGCUCACACUGCUGAUGAUUUAGAGUGCUGUCCAGUGGAGAUCCCACCUGAACGUCUUAUCAUGAAACUCCCUAGUUCCUUCCAUGUAACUUCCCUGAAAAAUCUAAGUGUUUCAUAAAUUUUAGAGUCUGUGACCCACUUACCUUGCAUCUCACAGGUAGACAGUAUAUAACUAACAACCAAAGACUACAUAUUGUCACUGACACACACAUGUUAUAAUCAUUUAUCUUAUAUAUACAUACACACAUAUAUUCUCAAAGCAAAUAAUUUUUAACUUCAAAACAGUAUUGACUUGUAUACCUUGUAAUUCAAAACAUUUUCUUUGUUAAAAUAGAAUGGUAUCAAUAAAUAGACCAUUAAUCAGAAAACAGAUCUUGAUUUUUUUUUGUGUUGAAUGUACCCUUCAACUAUUGAAUGUUUAAUAGUAAAUCUCAUACGUCCUUAUUACUUACUUUUCAGCUUUCUCUCAAAUAAAGUGUAACACUAGUUGAGAUAAUACAUGAAAGCUCUUUAAAGGGCCCAUCGGGGACAGGAAAAAAAACCUAGGGAAAAUAUGACAACAC